UAUUCUCAAGAAGUUGGACAGGGUCACACUCCGUUCACGUGAUGGUACCGAUGGUUUCUGUCUCUGCAUGUAGCUCGUUAAGAAACUUGUAUCGGUAUUGCUGCGAAAAUGAACCUGAGAAGGCAGCUUGUUCAGCUCGGUUUGAAUGGAUAGCGUCACAAGUUUCUCUUCCAUUUGCGGAGCAGAUCCACUCCAGAAAAUCAGCUGUUGAAAAAGAGCUGUAUACCUACUAUCCUUGUGUUUUACUUGAGUAGAUGUACUUAGCGAGCUUUUGAUCCUGCUAGUUUUACGGAGAUGAGCCUUGUAAACAGUGUCCCGAUUGGUUUCAAGUUCUCAUCCAAUUUUUCAGUGCUUUGUUCGUACCGGUUGUUGCUUCUGUUUCGAUGAUCGAUCAGCUCUGAGAGAAAGGAUUCAUUUUCUUUUGUGAGGAUAUUUACCAAGAUAUACAGCCAUGAUGGAUUAUAAUUAUGAUAGUCAGCGUCUGUUGUCUGUUGGGACAGUGGAGAAGAUUGACUCUUACUUCCAGAAAUACCAGAUGGGGCACUACCAAGCCAAUGCUGUAAUGCCCCACCACACCCCACCUCCAGGUUCCACUAUACCCGUCGUUCGGACAGACCCCCAAGACUCUGGCAUAGAAGACCUUGUGGACACCAUGCCCAGCUCAUCAAGGGACCGAAAACAACAGUUCAACAAGAAUGUCCUUUCAGAUCAGGAGUUGAUGGUCUACAGGCACGCCCUUCUCUGCGCCCAGUUCCCCGUCCUCGGCAGCCGACUCCCAACCUCCGCCCUCUCCAGCCCCAGUAGCUCCGUCUCCUCCCCGCACGGCGGGGGCGGGAGGGGCGGGGCAUCAUCCCUGCUCACCUCCCCUCCCCCGUCUCCUGGCUCCCUGAGCCUUGAUGGAGGGGGAGACGAGGGGGACUCCAUGGUCCAAGAGGAGACCCUGUGCGUCCUGGUGAAGGAGGCGUUUGGGCUCAGCGAGGAGAGGCAUCUCUUCUACGAUGAUUACAUCAAUAGAGGGCUUGGAAACAAGCCUCCAGCUAAGCAUCUGGUUGAAGAGCUGAUGGGGCGUCUCUCACUUCUACAAACCAACAGUCAUCCAUUUUACAAACCACAGGAUUUUGAGACGAGGAAUGCUUACGACCUUUGGCAGCAGCAGGAGGGUCAACGUAUCAGCGCCCUCAUCAACCGCUUUUGGAAAGGUCCGCUGCCGAACCUUGACCCCUUGGUGUGCCGCGCAUCCUACUGGUCUAACAUGCGGGAUAUGUAUCGAGACCUCCUCCUGCUUCUACUAAAACAUGACAAGGUGCUAAAAGCAGGCCCGUCUACAGGUUGCCCUCUAUUGUCCAGCUCUAGACGUCUUCUCCGAGAAUUUCACUUUCAGUAUGGAAUUGGUGAAGUCUUCAGAAGAGCUGUUUAUUUGGAACAAUUAUCAAGCAAAGAGUGGUUUGAGAGCGAUGAUUGGUUCUUGAAGCAUAUGUCACAGUCUCUACUGGGAAUCCAAGAUCUUCUUACCAAACACCAAGCCAGGGUUACGAUGGUCAGAAAAGAGUAUGAGUUGCUACGUCGUGCCCUAACCCAAUUUCAAGAGAGAUGCUGUGAUCUGUUAGAGAAACUACUGCAAGAGAGAACGCCGCAGCACAGAGUUGUGUGCUUGAUCACUAAUCUCUCUGACAUUCUUGCCCUGAGCGCUAUACUGCUGGGUCGUCACCAAGGCAACCUGGAAGCUAUCAUCACACAGAGUCUCAAGGAGAGUGUUCAGAAUAGCUACAACGGUCAUAAACUGCGUCUGACCACCGAGCUUCGUCUCAAUGCCUACUCUUCCCCAGUCUCUGCUGAACUGAUCAGCAAGCUAAUCGCACACAUCAAAUCUGAGGUCCAGUACAUCCAAGAAAACUAUCAGCAAUUAUUCCAACUCUACCAUGUAGAGAUCAUGGAGUCUGCAGCUUCAACCUUCUACUCGUGUCUUAUGGCCGACGUGUCGGUCCUAUGUGAUAAGGUACAGGUCGCACAGCAGGAGCCGGAACAGAUGCGAGAGUCCGUUGACCCCGAGAUGGUUGCCAUGGCACGUCGGCUGGACCGACUGGACCAAACCUGGAAGAACUACAUUCCUGCCACAUCCCAGCAAUGGAGGAAAUCAUUAACCAAGUCAGCAGUGCACUGGUUCCAAUAUCUCAUCCAAGACAUGCAGGCUAUGAUAGUCUACAGCAUAUGCAGAGAUAAGUUUGAAGCAGUUCAUUUGACCUUCAGCCAAGACGAUGAAGGGUCUCACAACUCUUACAGCAGCAGCGGUCACCAUCGACCGUCCAACGCCAAUCCCUUGACCCAGUCCAUCGGCUCGGCCUUUGCAAGCGUCAUUCCCAAAGAUCAAAAGCAGAGGGACAGUGAACGUGUUUCAAACAACAACAACACCAGCAGACCCAAAGCUACUCAACCUCAGCACCGGGACAUCAGCUUCAAUCCAUCAGGGGUCCUGAACUUCAAAGGUCCGGUCAGGACCGGAUCCUUCCCACAGAUCACGGACUUGCUUGACCGCAGCGAGCAAUGGUCAGCUGCAGGAAACUCCAAGAAUGAAGGAGUUGAUGGUCCUCACCUACCAGGUGGUGGGGGUGAUGCCUUCCAACCUGUGGACUCUAAGACGAGAGGUUCCUCAAGGAACUCUAAAUUGUCCCACCAGGAACUGACACAUUCGCAGUCGUUCCCUGAACUGUCGACCGCUGCUGCAGCUCCUGAGGAUAUUCCUGGACCCAGUGGUGUCCAGGACACGACCCGGACGUUGCCGCCGCUCCCGCACCACGACUUCCACGAUGACUACACCUCCGGCAAAGAUCAGUCCACAAGCACAAGUCGCUCCCGCAGCAACAGCAGCCAGCAUCAUUCAGACCGCACCUACAGCUCGGACAUGGAGGCCAGCACGGAUGCGUCGUCCAGCUCCAGGAGUCGCCACAGGGCACAGCUGAGAGCCGUGUUUGAACAGCUUGGUCUCUUCUCCGGGGAAGGACUUCGUCAGUCGGAAAUCACACUGCCAAUUUCGAGUAGCCUUGUGGACAUGGUGUAUGUGGUGAGACAUGCUUGUAGUCUGAUGUAUGAUAUUUGCAGUGUGCUGAAACCAGAGAUGUCCGUCGAGGUCGAAGCAGACGAGUUGCAGCAGGGCCUCUUGGCAAUAGAUCUGCAACAGCUGUUCAUCAGUCCAAUACAGGGUAUGACCUUUGCUAUCAGAUUGUUUGCAUCCAACAUGUUGGCCAUGGACCUCUGUGCUACACCUUCUGGUGAGGUCAACAAGAUGAUCAGUAAGGAGGUUCUGAACCGUGUGUUCAUAGCGCAGAGUGCAGGCUUGCUCGGGGGCUGUCGGCACGAGAGGAGCGGGUUACCGGACUGCAACAUCUAUUUCAACAGGGAUAGAGCUUGCCUCUGUGAUAACUUUGAACCCAUCAACCCAGAGAUGUGCCUUAGAAUCAACAACGUCCAAGGAUUGCUGGAGCUGCUACCUGACCUACUGACAGACCUUGAUGGAGCGGUUGCUGCGAGAUUACCAAAGGUGCAGGACGGGACUGAGGGAACCAAGAAACAGCGCCCUCUACAGAGAUACCUUCACAACUUGAUUGUAGGACAGAUCAAGCUCCUUGCUUUCAAGGUCAAUCAGAUGCUAUCGCAGGCCUUGGGAGUCCUUCUGCAGCUGGACAUGGGUUCAUACAGCAUCACCGAUCGCCUGCAUCCCCUGACGGCCAGUAUCCACAACCACCUGGUCGCAACGUCCUCAUGGCUCUAUCCCCAGUGCUACCAAGUAUUCUGUCAAGAACUGUGGAAGUGUAUUGUGCAGGACUUUGAGAAACUAGUGGAGGAGUUGCUGAUGCUGAAGACGGAGGAUAGACUGAGAGCAAUGCUUCUUCUUCAGGCUAUAGCACACCUUAUGGAAACUAUCAUCAAUCAUUCCGAACACGGACUCAGUCCUGAUGUCUUCCUAGAACCAGCGGAUGGAGUCAUCCAGGUUCUCCAGCUCUACACAUGGCCUACGUCUCGUCUCAUCCAGCUCUAUCAAGGUCUCCUACAGAAGGCCUGGGAAGGAACGACGACUGAAUCUUGGCCGGUCCGCCUACGGACACUGCGAAUCCUGCAGCGGUUGCUAUGCCAACAGAGAAAGUGCUUCACUGGAAACGAGCUGCUGCACGCUCUUGUGCAUUGUCAAGAAGAGGAGCAGCCAGCAGAGAACAUUUGGGAGUGGGCUUACCAAACAGCUGAACAGCUACUGGGGAGUGGGCUGGUGAGAACGAUGACGGCUAGCGGAAAUACGGUGGAUCUCACUGCUCUGGCAGGAAAAGAUGGGUCAAACCUCCAUUUUGCUUCCCAUGGUGAGAUCAGUGACUACGAAGGCUACAGCUUCCCUGAGGUCACCCUGCACAGCAUCCCCAGGACAUCCAGGAAGAGCCCUGCCCUGGACACCAACACCACCACCCCCACAGAGGACACCGAGGGGUCAUCGGACAGGGUCUUGAGACGGCUGCAGAUGACCGAUAGAAGAGGGGGCCAGGAGAUGGAGGAGAGUGACAGCAGUGAUGAUAAAUCAGGGGACGAUGAGGUCCAGCAUCUGUUCGAGGUGUCGGUGGAGGUCUACGAUAGUCUAUCACCUGCUCCUGUCAGAGAUGAACAGUCUGUGGUGCCUUCAGAGUCUGUGUCUCGGUCAAGGGGCGAUCUGGAUGAUGGUUGUCCUGAUGUGAGUCCUGUUGGGACUGUUGAACCUGCACCACUGGGUGCAGAGUGUGAAGCGUCUUCCGAUGAUCAUCCAGAGGCAAAAGACGUUGAUGUUGCAAUGGAUGAAUCAGAAUCAGCUAUGCAAACGACCACUGAACAUAUGCAUCCAAGUAAUGAACAUAGUGAAAUAGAUGGUGUUGAAGACAAGGCUUCUGCAGAAGACAACCUGUCUUGCUCUGCAGGAAUCUCUGUCAGAGUCGAAAGUAAGGAUCAAGCAGGCACUAGUGAUCAAGAUGAACAUAAAUCGAAUGGUAAUGAGGGCGAUAGUGACUUGUGCUAUCCUGAUCAAAGUAUGCAAAAAGACAAUGAGGGUGCUCAGGGAGGCAUGGAAGCUUCUACGGGAGAAGAUGCCAUGGCUGUGCCAGGUCCUGAAGGAAUGCAACAAUCUGAAGGAUCAGAAGCACAGACGGUCGCACCAAGUAAAACAGACACUCAGGAAUCCAAGACUAUCAUAGGACAGGAGCAAGAAGAGUGUUUGGAUGAUAAAGAUGAGCGAGUGUUCAGGGUCAUCCAUGAUGAAGAUGAUGCAAGGAUUGUAUUGACCUUUGAUGAUGUAAGACCCAUUGAGGAUUUGGCACUAAGCCAAGAGUUAGGUCCUCAACCUUCACUAGCUGUAUCAGGUAGUGGUAAUGAUAAUGAAGAUGUGGGGCACACAAGAGUAGAAUGUGUAGAAAAAAGCAGACUUUCUGGUGAUAAUGGUCCUAAAAGCAGUGAACCAACAAAAAGUGAUUCAUUAUAUAGUAAAAUAGAGGAGCAGAGUAGAACUGAGUCAUCAUCAUCUGGUAUCCGUGAGCCUGGCCGAAGGGACAGAGGUCUUUCAACCUCAGGAGCAGUUUCAAUGGACACAGAGGGAGACAGAAUACAGGUAAUACCCCCAAAACAGCCCCUAGCCCCCAACCGACCGUAUCGUUCUUCCACCUUUUCCGAGUCCUCCACUUCAGACCCAUCGGACUGCGAAUCCAGAGGCACACCCCGUGCAAGCAGCCCUUUCCUGGGACCCUGGUCACCCAGAGGGGUCGUCCCGGCCUUCACCGCGGACUCACAGCAGCUCUACUGCUUCUCUCAGGUCUACGACUCGAUCCCCAAGGGGGAGGAGGGGGUAAGGAAUCGCUCCAGGAGUCACAGCCGAAAUCAAAAGCCUUCCAGAGGAUGGUGGAGAACCUGGACGCAGGGUUCAGCCCGGAGAUGGUCGUUGCCAUCAUCGCGACACGCAGGGACGAAUCGUCCAAGAAUUUCAUCAAUCAGAUCGGAGACGAGUCUCUGCUCUUGAGAGAGGCUUCCUGCAUCAAGCGGUUGUGCAAAGCAUGUUUCAAUUUAAGAUGAGGCAAUGAAAACGCAGGGAUGAAUCCUCCAAGAACUUCAUCAAUCAGAUCGGAGACGAGUCUCUGCUCCUAAGAGAGGCUUCCUGCAUCAAGCUGUUGUGCAAAGCAUGUUUCAAGUUAAGAUGAGGCAAUGGAAGGAAGGUGCGACACAAGGCAGAAAGAAAUUCAACCCGCCAGGUACACGUUAUGCCAAAGCAAAUUGCAACUUUCCAAACAAUGCCAAAAUGUGAUUGUUUGUUAAGUCUAUCCAUCAGACAUCGAAUGCAUGCCUAAGUCAUGAAAACCAAAUAUUUCUGGAUUUUUACUUCUCUCACUGAAUGUCUUGGAAAUGAAUUGUAGCUGAGUUGAUCAAGUAUGAAAUGGAAUCUUCCACAUUAUUAACAGUGUGUGUUUCCUGAAAGUAGAUGUCAUACGAUAUUCAUGAAUUUGUUUUAUAUACUAAUAGUUUCAGCCACUGGUAUGCAAUUAUAUAUGUGACUGAUGUAUUAGGGCAAGCGUUAAGACGCAGAGUCAGGUUUAGGUUCAUUUAUGUGGGGGUAGGGGUAUUCUACAGUUGUUCUGACUUUCUAGUCAUGCAGGAACUCUAACCAACUUCUUGUAAUAAAUUAUGAAAUAUAUUAACCUUUCAUCUCCCACCAAAUCCAAUUUGAUCAGGGCAGAAAUUGACUUGCAUUCCAAUUUGUGUUAGAAAGUCAUUGUAUGGCAUGUUGAUCAAGCACCACUUUUUGUUCAGCUUAACUUGUGUGAAGAUAUGUUCAGUACUUGUAUCACUAAACCAUUGGAAUAGGAAAAUGUACAUUCCAUAUGCGUGUAUGUACUGUCCCCCCCCCCCCCCUUCAAUUUAAUCCACUGCCAACAGAAAACCGAGUAUUUGUAGAUCUUGUAAUAACCCUACAUGGUAAUGAAGGGAUUCAGUAGUUAAUGGGUUAGUUUUAUCAACCAAAUACUUUCAGACUCCAGAGUUACUAUUUAUCCUAAAGUAUUGCCUCAAAAGCUUACAGUCAAAUCCGAGUCACCUGAUCUAAAUCAUGUUGUUUAGACCGUCAAAUGUCAAUUUAACUUACAGUAUGUCUGAAUACACCCAUCAAUAAGUGAUGGCAGAAACCUUGAUUCUCAUUGGCCAUCAGAACAUAUAUAUUUGAUCACAUAUUAUUGCAAGUUGUAUGCAGUAUACAUGUACAUACAUGUUAAGUUUCUAAGUUUGAUAUCUUUACUUUAACUGUCUUCACGUGGAUACUACCUUUGCAGUAUAUAUGAAUGCGUAAAUUAUUUUGAUCAUAAUGAACAAUGUUAAGUGACAAAUGUCUUGUAAAGACUCGUUCAUAUGAUAUGUGAUGUUAACUGCAGGAAUUUUAUUUUUUAAGGGUAAAGGAAUGGUUGGGUGAGAAAGAAAAGUGUCUCUGCGUUUACUAUUCAGUCCCUUAUAUAGGUAUACUCACUUGUAUAUUUUAAAAGAAAUGUGAGGCCCUGUACACUUGAUUUACUUUUUAUUAUGCCGUAGAUUUUUAAGGCAGUUUGCUGCAUCGUACAGGAACAAGGAGUAAGUGACAAAAGAAUCCUUGUCUGAUGUUAAGUUCCAUCUAGCAAUACAGAUAUUUUACUUAAGAUAGGCCUGUGUAUUUUUUAUUUGGUGGAAGAGAUUGCAUUUUUGCAAUAGAUUUUUUAGACCGUUUUCUGCAUAGCACGGGUAUGAGGAGUAAGAUGACAAAAGAAUCCUAGUCCGAUAUUAAGUUCCUUCUAGCAAUGUAGAUAUUUUAAGUAGGCAAAGAUUUUUUGUGGAAGCGACCACAUUUUGUCAACAAUGUGCUUGUAAGAAAGAGUAAUAUAUUGUCCUAUAUUUAAUUCCUUUGGACUCUAACCAUCACCAUGUAUUUAGGAUUACUUUUUAAAAGAAAUUUCUUUAAAUAAAUGCCAUCAUUUUAAUCCCUGCCCAAAGACCAUGAUCAUUCUUGCUCAAAGUUUUUAUAUUUAUAUCUCUUUGAUUUUAGUUGUCUUAUUUUAAUGAGCCAUUUUAUGUACAUGUACCUGCCAUAAAGAAAUAUUAAAUUGGCAACACCAAAGAAAAAGAAAAAAAUAUUUCUAAAAAAAUAAUAACAGUAUCUUUUUAACCACUAGCCACUUUCUUUAAAAACCUAUACCGGUAAUAAAGUUACAUAUAUAUAUAUAUUAAUAUGUUGGGGGUUGACUGGAUUAUAUAAAUUUGGUACGUAUUUGAUAUGUUCUCUUGAUAUUUGUUCCUCUGUGAAAUUGCUUAGACAAUACUGUAAAACAAGAUGAUAUGCAAAACUGUACAUGUGUAUACUUAUUAUAAGUUAAGUGCAAUUUCAGAACAAUCAUUAUACAUACAUGUAGGUUAAUAUUUAUGCAUUCAUUUUUGGUAAUAUCUUAUUAAUUGUGAAGUAAUAUGUAUAUGUCCUAGAAAUCAUGAAAAUCAAUACUGGGAUUGGCGGAAACUUUGUUUAAAAGUGCCUGAGAUAUUUAUAUUUUUGAUGAUGUUAUUAGUUGACGAAGUAUCAUGUACUAUGAAUGAACAAUUGAUUCAGGUUGAUUCAAGUAUGGGUAAUCAUGUUAUGAUUAUGAAUUUUUCUCUAAGGGAAGUAUAUUUUGGUGCAUUAUAUUUAUAUGUUAUCUCUGGAAAUUACUUUAUUUAUCAAGUUUAGCAGUAAGCUUGAGCUUUUCUUUAGUUCUAUUUAUCAGUAAUAAACGCUGUUCUGUUCCCGGGUGAAAAGUCCAAAGCACAUCUAAUGAGUUAGAAUUAUUUGAAACUUGACAUGUUUAUUUUUUUUCUAUAGGACUUUAUGAAAUUGUGUUAUGCCAAACUUCCAGUCCGACUCAAUUUAAAAAUUAAAGAUUGAAGAUUUAUUUUAUUCAAUACUCGCAACCUUUACGGUUGAAUUGUUACUGACUUUACAUAUUUAAAAAACAUAUACAAAUUACAAGCAGAGGGAACAAAAACAGAUUCAAGUAAAAUACAAUGACAGUAGAAAGUGUACACAAAUUGCAAAUUUAAAAUGACAAUAGCAAUUAAUCUAGAAAUGGGAAACCAUGGGAAUUUCAAAAUAUUGGGUUAAAUGAAGUAAUUUUACUUGGACACCCUGACUAAACAUAAGAGAUGUCUAUUUUUUUCUGCAUCAAAUGUUUAGAUGUGAUAAAUUUCAGUACUAGCUUUGUUUAGACUACCUGUGUAUGUUUAUUGUUUACGGUAUAUUUUUUAUGACAAAUCAUAUGUUGAAGAGAUGUUAGUAAUCUAAGGACCCUAGGAAAAAUAUACACUAACACAGCUUUAUUUUAGAAUUUCAGAUUUUCCUGAGAUUAACUUAAUUUUAGAAACAUGUAGGUCACAAAGAGUUGUAAAUAAUCCAGAGGGGAAGUUUUAUUCUAAUUCAUUAUCUUUAAAUUUUGUGCUUAAUUUCAAGGUGAAAGAAGUGUAUUAUACUAUUAUAUCUAUUUUAAGUACCGGUAUAUUGUAAAUAUUUCCUGUUAUGUAUAAAUUGAUUAGCCUGAAGACCAUGGUACUAGUAAUAAAUACAGCACAUAUUAAAUACAUGAUUUAUAUACACACAUAAA